AUGGCGGACGAAAGACCAUUACAGCAAACAGAGAAAGAUAUUCUCCGUGCCCAGCGAGAAUUAUUAGCCAGGGAGUACCCGCCAACGCCGACCUCUGCCUCCCCCGAGACGCCCACCACCCCGAACGAGGGCCGUCCCGGCGCGGUGAAUAGCUCCGGGGUCCAUCCUUACCUCGACCUGCCACCGUACCCGGGCCCAUCGAACGCGCUUCAGCUGGACCUGGCAGCGUCCACUCAGCAGCAACAGCAGCCCUCCCAGCUGCAAGAUUACCCGGGCCUCCCCCGGCUGGACUACCGCCUCUACUCGCCACCGCUCUUCGAGCUCUCCUCCAACUGCACGACCAUCAAGUCGACGGCGCCCUACCUCUCCAGCACGGUCGAGGCGCUCACGGCCCUCGUCCGCGCGCAGUCAACCGUGCCGCCCAAGCCCCAGAUCCACAUCACCGGCAAGAGGGGGAGCAAGGUCGACUUCGCCAUCAAGCUGAACCUGCUGCCCCUCCUCGUCCCAGAGGCCGCUCCAGGGCGGCAGCAGCAACAGCAGCCGCCGAUGAGCUACAUACGCUGCGUGGGUUCCGGAGAGACGGCGCUGAGGGGCGGCACGAAGCCCGAAAUGCUGCCGGACCUAGGCGACCAUGCCGGACUAGAGGAGUGGGCCCGCAGAUUCGUCAACGACCCGAACCAGGUCAAGGCGUUCGUGCUGGAGCGCGUCGUGACGAACCUCGAUACGAACUGGAUCUCUAGCCAGAUUCGGAUUCUCGUCAAUUCGUUGAAUUACAAGGGCGUCGUCACCGUUUCCUUUCCCGUGACACACUCCAAAGUGGUGGUGCAGAGCCCGGACAGGGUCAACAAGUUCUUCACGGGGAUCACGACGCUCUUCACAGGGAAGAGGACGUACGAGGUCGUCAAGGUGGUCUGGCCCUUCGCAACGCGUGAGAGAACCGAGCCAUCAACGGCGGCCGAGGGGGCCCCGAGGCGCUGUGUGGUCCAGAGUGAGGACCAGUGGUGGAGAGAGUGGGCGCAGCCCAUUAGGUACGCGAUUGGCACGAAGAGGAAUGGAUGGGUCACGAAUGAGGACAAGCUCGAGGCCAUCAUGGAGGGCAAGGGCAAGGGCUUGUCAGCUGUUGACUGGUCGGAAGAAUUUGACGGGGCGGCUUGA